GCCUGACAAGCCCACAAACCUGAUAGCUGUGACAAGCUCAAGCGAACCUACAGGUGUGUCUGUAUUGCCUGGCUACAACAGUUGGCGUAGAUAUGUCACUGCAUCUUCAUAUUUUGCCUGGCUCAUCUGACAAACUCAAAAAGUAUUUCCUUGACCAACUGUCCCUCCAUGUUGAGCUGAACAGGGAAGCCUCCUCCACUGUUUCACCACCAGUCAUUGUGAUAUUCCAGCCUCAAGGCAGACCGAAUGAUGAAUUUGAUGGCGUGGUUUUACCUUUCCUUGAUAAAGGUGAUCCCAGCUGCAAGGAUGUUAUUCUCUUCACUGCCCUCGCCACGUCACAGCUCUAUGGUCGUGGCUUCACUACAGAUUGUGCAUCGAGAUUUAAGUACAUGGACAAGCUCUUUAUUACGUCAGGUCAUCUUGAUACUCAAAUUAAUAGAUCCACAUUUACAAAACUUGGAGACAUCCUUGUGCAAGAAUAUGGCUUCAAGCAGACUUCGGGUAGUCAAUCACAGGAAGAACGAGACCAGGGGUCAAUACAUCUCGGUGGAGACCAAGAGGAGGUAAACAAACAUUCUGGUAGCGAUCUACGCAAGCACGUAGACGAAGACCUCUCUCCUGGAGGGGAUGACAUUAUAAAAGUGGGUAGUUGCGACUCUCUUGGAGGUGAUGCCAACAGACUAGAGAACAACUCUGCUAGACACAGAUUACGGAUUAUAAAAGAGGAAAUGGAGGGGGUGACAACUGACUUGCAACGGGAGGUGGAGAAAAAGUGGAAGUUACUGGUGCAGCUACCUAGGAUACUCGAAGCUGUUCUUGAAAAACUGGACCAGGAACCAAAGGCUGCAGGAAUGUCAGAGAUACCGGGAAGAUCUCCACCUCUACUCGAAGACGAUAUGGCCAGCAGGAUAGAGAACCAACUGGUGUUGAAUACAGGAUCACUUCAUGAGAUCAUAGACGCCGUGCUGAAGUUCGGCCAAAAGAAGAAGAAGUGGUGGCAGUUCUGGUAAUCAGAUGAUGCCUCCACAUGAGCAGACUGUGGGAGCUGAUGGUGUGGGUGUUGGCCAGAGGAAACACAAUCGAUGUUUCAGAAUCUGCGUUCAAACAAUAAACAGAAACAACUAAACCAUGUUACCGGCAAACUUUAGAGAUUUGUUUUUUGUCAAGUCAGCAAGCUUUCACCAUGUCAGACUGAGUAACUGAGUCUGGUAUUAGCAAGCAGUCAGAUACGAGGCAUUGUAACUCAUGAAAUCAGCUUUGAGCAUGGAUGCACAGAUACUUAAGAAAUGAAAAGGAUGCAAUAUUAAUCUGCUUGUGUUGCACUUCGUGUUCAAACAGAUAUUAGAUUAAAGGUUGAAUUUGAUUAAAUGUGAGUUUUCAAUAUUUUGCUAAUACUAAUGUAUUUCUGUGAUAUGUGCGGGUUCGGUAAAGACAAGAGAAAUGUGUAGGAUGAUUAACUUGCAGCGUUUAGAGGAUAAACUGUAUAUUACUGUUGUUGGCAUGUUUCAUUGAAUUUGGUAUAUACAUACUUUCAUACAUUAUAUAUAUAUAUAUAUAUAUAUAUAUAUAUAUAUAUAUAUAUAUUGACGAGCACGAAUAUUUUUCUUGUAUAUAUAUCAGUCUUGAUGUACCCUUUAAUCAGUUUUUCAUAUCAAAUAAAACUUAAUCCUUCACACGACCACACAUUAAAACAUCCAGCGCGAGUGUAGAUAUUACAUAUACAUAAGUCCUAUAUGUUAUACAUACAUACAUGUCCUAUAUGCUAUAAGUUCUAUGUCCUAUAUGCUAUAAGUUAUAUGUCCUAUAUGCUACAAGUUCUAUGUCCUAUAUGCUAUAAGUUCUAUGUCCUAUAUGCUAUAAGUUAUAUGUCGUUUCAUACAUUAUAUAUA